UGUAUGGGUUGGUUGCUGCCGGUGCCGUUUCCUCUCUACACGAUGACGAUGACUUCUGAGUAUGUGAAGAGGAUCGUCGCUCGAUUCAUUCCGCUGGCCGCGGAGUAAAAGCGAAAAAGUAAACUCCUCGCUGCGUUAGUACGUUACCAAUUUUCGUUUAGUAAACAACGGGGUCUCGAGUUUUGCCUCAACUGCUGAGCUAAAUAUUAAACAGUCAGUGGCAGUGGAAAAAUUAAACUUCUGCCGAUCCACUGCGCACAGCACGGUUGGUGUGAUUACUGCCGAAUGCUGAUCGACGUGCGACGACGUUGGCUCGGUCAUCUCAGGCUCGGUCCGGAACAGGGUUCCUCGCGGAUUUCGUAAAUAUUGAACCACUUGGAUGAUAAUAUUUACUAGCCGCCGAUAUUUACUACACAGCGCACAGGUGGAUUAUCGUUCGGUCCGGUGAAUUUGUUUGGAAAAUAUUCGUGCUUAAGAAAAUAUUGUGCCAAUGUGAAUGCUGUGCGCGUCUAAACAUCGGAAAACAAAAUCAUCGAUCACUCAAUCGUUCUCGAAUAAGUAGUUUAGUGUAACAAAUUUGGAAGAAUAAGAAAAGCGUGUGUUAUCUCGGCAUACAGGAACGUAUUAAUUUUGCAGGAUAUUUUAACUGAAAGUAGCGUCUCCGUUCUACGGGAGGCUCCGGAGAAUUUUCAUUGCACAACUGUUCAGAAAUUUUUAAAAAUUCUUAUCGGAAGCGAAAUAGACUACAUGUUGGCGACAACGGCCGCCAACAGCGACAUGGCGCCACCGGAUGGUCCCAUGCAGUAUGACACCAAAUGGCAUACCAUGAACUUAUUAAAUCUACCAAAGAUAAAACAGGAAAAUUUCAACCACUUAGUACCACUUCCCGCGUACGAGCAGGUUAAAUCCCCCGGAACACCUCAACUACCGACCGUAAUCGAGCGGGUUCACGAGGAACAGCCCGAAAGUGCGGACGCAAUCAUUACCGCCACGACUACGAUCAAGACAGAUGAUAUUACCGGUAACGGGCUGGUCGGUGACGACAGAAAUCCAACCACGAGUUCCUCGAGUCCAACGGGAACGAAUCGAAACACGAACGCCAAACCUCCGUACAGCUAUGUGGCGUUGAUAGCCAUGGCCAUUCAGCAUUCCCAAAUGAAACGAGCAACGCUGAGUGAAAUCUACGGUUACAUAACGUCUCGCUUUCCGUACUUCGAGAAAAACAAAAAGGGUUGGCAGAACUCGAUUCGUCACAAUCUCAGCCUGAACGAGUGUUUUGUGAAGAUUCCUCGGGAGGGUGGCGGAGAACGGAAGGGGAACUACUGGACGCUGGAUCCCCAGUACGAGGACAUGUUCGAGAAUGGAAAUUUCAAACGGAGGAGGCGAAUGAAGCGACCGUAUCGUACCGGUCAUUAUUCGAAAAUGUUUGGAGACUCGUACAUGACGAAUGCGGGAAGUUUUAGUCAUCGGCCGGUGUUCACCCAAAAUCCCUACCAGACGUAUCCGCGGUAUGAUACGGGGACAACGUGGAUGCCAGCACCACAACUUGGCUCGUAUACCUCCUGCUCGACGAGGUCUAACUACUCAUACUCAACACCGCUGCAACAACCGGUGCAACCUGUCACUAUUAACACCUACGGAUCGCUAUCCAACAACUUGGUUUCAGGCAGCACUCCUCCGCCAUGUCCAAGGCGGUUUGAACCCUACUAUUCACAUUGGGAUACGGCAAUACUGCCGAUAGUGAAGGACGAGAAUCCCAACCAGAUGAGCGUUACGUCAACCCAGCAGAACUACCAGAAAACUUAUCUGCCGCAGCCCUAACAGCGACAAUGGAUGGCAUCACUGCCGAAACUACCCCAACAGCGCAUAAUGGAGCUCGUACCGAACAAACUCAAUCCAAACAUUUUCUGUAGAACUAGACGGAAACAACAAGUGGAACAGUUUCCGUUUUACGUCUAGGUCGGAAUUCGCGCACGCGUAGUGGACUUGUUACCGGAAAUAAAACAUUUUUAAAAUAGGAUUCACCAAAGUAAAAAUAGUACUUGCGGAAAUGCAGUUUGUUUAAGUGAAAAUAUUUCAAUUGCAUUUACCGAGUAGUGGUCAAGGAAUUGAAAAAAUCGUAAUCAUUUUCUUAAUUAAAAUUGAUGUACAAACAAAAUUGUAAACAAACCAAACACCGUUUGCUGUAAAUAGGUUAUUAUCUAAAACAGGAAUUUACUCUAAUGAUCGGGAUCUCUAGUGGUAAUAAUGAAACGGCAGAUUUUAUAGAAAGAAUUACACUGAAGGCUAUAACAGUAAAUUAUUUAUUUUAUGAAAUAAAGCAAAAACUAGCUUAGUUAUUGAAGAGAAAUAUUUGUUAGAAACUGCAGCAAUUCUGAUUAUAUUAGUAAAUUGUUUGGAAACUCGUUGUACAUGAUGGUGAAAAUUUCCGUCCAAACAAGUGACUGUCUGUCCCAACAUUGCGUUCUAAUCGACGUUUCAAAUAAAACUGUACGAAACUACACUCAA